UCCAAGUACUCAAGUAGGAUGAUAUCAUAACAAGAUCAUCUCUUCUAAUUAUUAGAUUGCGCACGUCUCCUCAAAUCCUUGAUACAUAAUGUAAUGAUGUCAUAAGAUUUAUGGGGAAGUGGAAAGAUCCACAAUCUUCUACUCUCCAAUUUUCUAUAAAGUCCUGUAACAUAAUUUUCAUUUUUCACUCUCUCUCUCCUCUACCUCUUCAUCUCCGCUGCUGAGUUGCAAAGUUCACUUCAGAUUUUAUGGUCUCAGAGAGCAACUGCAAGAGGUGAUACCACAAGUAGCACCAGUCUUUCUCAAUCUUACCAGACCUCUUUCAUGGCUGAUAUGAUUACUCGCUCUAGUGCUUGGUAGUUUGCCGGCUUCACCUCCUAUGAGGCCUCCUCAAUCGCUUUCUGGACGUCCAAGUCCUAGGUAAUUUGCAGCCUAAGCUGAUUUCGAGGUUACUCAUUAUAACUACCAUCUACAUAUAUCCUGUUUUUUUUUAUUAAAUUUAUCCUUUAGAUCUUAGUGAUCUUUAGAGCAGGUGGAGAGAGGAAGAAUAGGAAGUGGAGGGUGGUUUUGGAGUUUGUGAAUUGUGGAAAAUGGUGUGGGUAUACCUUGCACAUUGUAAAUGAGUAAAAUAAUAAUGGGAGAAAUUGAGGUGCGCACAGAAGAGAGAGAGAAAGAGAUUGGAGAUUUAGAUUUCACGCGUGCAUUCUAAGGCUUAUGUGCUGCUCUACUGCGGUGCUGCUGCUGUGCGCUAUACUACUACUAUACUCUCUACUGUAUCAUGUAUGUGUGUGUUGAAUCAAGAAUUUGAGGCGUGGAUUUUAUUGAGACUUCGUUGACAGCAUGAAGCAUAUAUUCCUUUUAUUGUAGUAUAUGGGUCUUUUAUUGCUAUUUUUAAUUUGUUGGGAAAUAUACGAUUUAGAAUUAGGUUUCAGUCUAACAUUGAUUAUGAUGGAAUAUGGAUGGAUACUGGUAUACGGUAGCAGGUAGCUAUUUGAUUUUGGUUUGUUUUUCUUCAAGCUUUGAUAUGAUCAGAUAGCUCAUUUCCUGAAUAAAUGGUUGGGAAAUAUUAGAUUAGUAUAUGAUCAUGUGAUUCUAACAUGUGAUUUGUUUAUGAGAUUAAUGAAUUUAAAAGGUAUAGCAUUAGAACAACCCUGAUAAUAGAGCAAAAUGAAAGUUGGCUUAGAGUGCUACUAGGUAUUUCUAGCUAACUCAACUUAAUUGGGUUAGAAUUCUUGGUGUUUUUGUACAUAAAGAAUAGUUUAACAACCUCCAAUCACUCUUGAUUUUAAGAAUAUGUGGAAAGAAUCAAGAGUGAAUAUUUCAUUCACUUUGACAAGAAUUUUAACAACCUCCAAUACCCAAAGCAAUAUUACAUUUGCAAGGCUAUACCCUCUCUUCUUCCCAAAGAGAAUAAUAUGGCAAUAGCGUUGACUGAUUUGGGAACAAAGGUAGGUGUCGAUUUAGCAUUUACCUUUGUGCUUUAAUAUCUUGUGAGAGUUUUUAUGUCAUGUAGUGAUUCUAGCUUGAAGCUUUUAUUUACUGUGAGAAAUUGGAGUUCUUCAGCAUUGUUUUACAUAAAUAAUUUGUCAUUCAUGAGGUACUUCAAGGUUGUCUUGACUGUAUUUAAAUCACAUUUUACUCUUCUCAUCUCAAAGAUACUAUCACUCUUCUUUUUAGGCUAUUAUGCUGGUGUCCCCCCUUUUGAGGCUUUCUUUAAAUUGAAUUUAUGGCGGUUAUGGUAUAAUAUAGCCCACCUUUUCUUGUCAAUACCUUGCAGUUAGAAAGUAAAUUCGACCUAUUCUCUAACUAUGUGCUUUUGCCAGUUUUGCACACUUUCAAGAGACUGGUAGAAUAUGUACUUGUGGCAGAUUUGUAAUUGACCUCCCUAUAGUAUAUUAAAAGCUAAAAAAUGCUAAACAGAUGGAAUUUUGCAAGUACGUAAUUAUAAUCAGUUGCUUUACCUCUUUCUCACAAUUCUCUUGCUCAGCUAUAAACUUGAGUUUACAAAGAUAUUGGGGUGUCUUUGGGAAAUUAUUUUGUGGCUAUUGAUCAGCUGUCGUUGCUAGGAUUCGAAUUCCAUGAUUUUCUGGAAUUCACUCAACAUCCCCCUUUUCUGUGCUAUGCUUUUUUUUUUUUUUCUUUCUGGAGAAGUUUCUCAAAACACUAAUUAAUCAUCAAUUCUUUCUAUUCAGUUUAAGCUUGAGGGUGACAUUGAACAAGGUGUAGCAUACUACAAAAAAGCUUUGUACUAACCUUGGUGUUGCAUAUGGUAAAAUGCUGAAGUUUGACAUGGCAAUUUUGUUUUAUGAACUUGCUUUCCAUUUCAAUCCCCAAUGUGCAGAAGCAUGCAAUAAUUUAGGGGUCAUUUACAAAGAUCAUGAAAAUCUUGAUAAGGCAGUCAAGUGUUAUCAGAUGGCUUUGUCAAUAAAACCGAGCUUCUCCCAAUCUUUGAAUAAUCUUGGUGUUGUUUUCACAGUUCAGGGAAAAAUGGAUGCUGCUGCUAGUAUGAUUGAGAAAGCCAUCAUUGCAAAUCCCACUUAUGCUGAAGCAUAUAAUAAUUUAGGGGAUGAUUGUAGUUCAGUCGUCAAUGCCAGUUCAACUAUCAAAAUGAAAAAAAAUUAUUGUGGUCUUGGGCAUGGAAUUAGCUUGGGAAGGAUAAUUCAAGUGGCAUUGUCUCAAAAGUUGUCCUGAAUGGUCCGUUUAUAAGGAAUGCGAGUAAUGGGGUCAGGAUGGUACCCAAUCCAUUAUUGAAAGGAAAAUUUAGCUCAUUUUUGUAUUGCGUUCACGCUUCAAAGGUAUGUUCUAGUUUUAGAUAUACCUCCUAUUAUCAGUUAUCAUGUUCACUACAUUUAGUUAUCAAUUUUAUAGCAUGAUCAAAACCUAGAUUCAUGAUUAGAGAACGUAAAUUAUAUGUUAUAAAGUAGUGAUACUUACAUUUAUAUUUCUAUAAAUAAACUUUUCAUGAGUUGUUAAAUAUGCUAUAUUAGGGUUUAGACUUCAAGAUUUAGGGUAUGAGUUUUAGAGUUUAGGGUUAAGGUUUCACGGUUUUAGAGUUUAGGGCUUAGGAAUUAGAGUUUAGGGUGUAGAUUUCACAGUUUAAGGUUUUGGGGUUUAAGGUUUAAGGUUUAAGGUUCAAGGUUUAGGGUUCAGGGUCCAAGGUCCAGGGU